AUGGAGAAAAGUGCAUCUGUGACCAGCCCUUCUGCGGUCAGACGUGACAGCGGCCAGCACACCGAUCCGGACCUUCCAACUUAUUCCCAGGCCGGCUCACACACCACAGUCGACUCUGCAGUUGUGUCGCGCAUGCGCUCGCAUUCCAGAACAAUUUCAGAUAUUCCAACUUACUCCGAUGCUGCGAUAAACACAAAUAAACGCCCGGUCUACAACUUCGUGAGAGCCUCACUUAUCAGUUCAAAACUCCUUGUUCGCAGCAACAAUAUAGACAGAUAUUGUUUCGUCAAUGAUAGCCGCGGCUCGAGCUCGAAAGUCUGGAUCCAUGCUGGAGCUUCAAAGUCAAACAAGGCAUUAGGAUGUUUGUCAUUUCCAGAGGCUCAUAACACAUUUCGAAUUCAUUGUGCUAUGGUCAGUCACGGUGGCGAUGUAGAUGAAAGUAUCAUCGGAUUGGAUGAUAAGAACUUUUUAUCUGCACCGCUGGUAGAUGUCGUCGCUGGCAUCGGAUAUCCUCAUCCGAAGACAUUUACGUUGAAGAUACCGAGAGGAUUAGAUUUUCGCUCAAAAGAGCUCGUUUGGACGUAUCGAGAAGGCGAUAUCACUGGAUCGACUCCAGCACGUUACGACCUACGCGAUCGCAGUACUGGAGAUGCUCUGAUUGCAAGCUUGACAACGACAAAGGAAGGAAAGAAGCGGACGGCAGUGCAGUGGUUCAUCAAUCCCGAGAGUGAAUUGGAGCAGGCUGUCUUGAUCAUGUCUUGCAUCGGUAUCGUCACCAGAUUGUCAAGGAAAGCAAAGUACUACGACGAGAAGUGGAUGUAUUCGAGAUGGAGAUUCUUCUGGUGGAUGACAACCUUAUCUGCUGUUGCCAUCGCUUAG